AUUGCGUCACUUCCGCCGGAAGCAAGUCUCGGGCUCUGGAAGCGGUCUGCGGUACUUGUUGCCACGUCGGAGUAGUUUGUAAACCCGGUCGAUUCAUUGCUAAGCGACCAGAAAACUGUUGAAGGGUUUUUGGGUUAAACAGCAGCGAUGGUCUCCGUUAUUAACACCGUGGACACCUCCCACGAGGACAUGAUUCAUGACGCUCAGAUGGAUUAUUACGGGACGCGACUCGCCACAUGCUCCUCUGACCGCACUGUCAAGAUCUUUGAUGUCAGGAACGGAGGACAGAUUCUAGUGGCAGACCUCCGAGGCCAUGAAGGGCCCGUCUGGCAGGUGGCGUGGGCCCACCCCAUGUUUGGGAACAUCCUGGCCUCCUGCUCCUACGACCGGAAGGUCAUCGUCUGGAAGGAGGAGAACGGAGCUUGGGACAAGAUGUACGAGUACACGGGACACGAGUCCUCAGUCAACUCUGUCUGCUGGGGUCCCUAUGAGUUCGGCCUCAUCCUGGCCUGCGGCAGCUCCGAUGGAGCCAUUUCCCUCCUCACCCUAACUGGAGAUCAGCAGUGGGACGUGAAAAAGAUCAGCAACGCACACACUAUCGGCUGCAACGCUGUGAGUUGGGCUCCGGCUGUGGUUCCAGGCAGCUUGAUAGAUCAGCCGUCCGGACAGAAACCGAACUACGUCAAACGCUUCGUCUCCGGAGGCUGCGACAACCUGGUUAAACUCUGGAAGGAGGAGGACGGUCAGUGGAAGGAGGACCAGAAGCUGGAGGCUCACAGUGAUUGGGUCAGAGACGUUGGAUGGGCUCCUUCCAUUGGUCUCCCCACCAGCACCAUCGCCAGCUGCUCCCAGGAUGGGCGUGUCUUCAUCUGGACAUGUGACGACCCAGCAGGCAACACCUGGACGGCGAAGCUGCUGCAUAAGUUCAACGAUGUGGUCUGGCACGUCAGCUGGUCCAUCACUGGGAACAUUCUCGCCGUUUCAGGCGGAGACAACAAGGUGACGCUGUGGAAGGAGUCGAUGGAGGGUCAGUGGGCGUGCAUCAGCGACGUCAGCAAAGGCCAGGGCGCCGUGUCCACCAUCACAGAUACGCAACAGAACGAGCAGUGACCCGCAGACGCGUCUCUGACCCGGCAGGCGGUGACGGCCUUUUGGACUAUUUUCCUGCAUUCCAUCAUGAACCUUAGGCCUCGGUGGUCUGAGCUCCUCGUCCAGACGACGGGCCUUCAGCGCCCAGGGGCUUAGGCUCCACCCCCUCAGCAUCUUUGGUCCAAACCGGUUCCGUGGUUCUCUGAUCUGCUCCUGUAGGUCUAGAGGCGAACUUUUCGAUGGUCCAGAACUUCCUGGAUUGGACUGAAAGUUCUUGAUAAGUUUCCUCAACAGUGUAAAUUCUGCUGCAAAGCUUUCAGAACACAGGUUCUAAAACAUCUGGACCAGAUUCUGGAGUUCCGUCCACUCUGGAUGGUUUUCAUGUUUGAUGUGAUUCAAAUAAAUGAAUAGAAAAUGA